AUGCAAAAAAUGAAAACAGGAAUGAAUGGAUCUGAUAAAGACAAAUGCAAGCUUUAUAAUCCAUAGUAAUAAACCAACACUUAAAAAGCUUAAGAAGUCAUUUAAUAAGCUGUCUAAAAUCCGCAGAAUAAUCAGCAAAAAAAAUGA